AUGGCUGAAGCACCAGGCACACCGCCUCCCACAACCGCACCCGCAGCCGGUGUCGCGUCCCCGGACCCGGCACCGACGACGAGUCCAUCGCGAGUCAUCCCGGCGGUGGCUAUUGAACCAGCCCAGCAGGAUGAUCCCGUCGAAGCUGAUGAGGGGUUUGCGAGCGAUAACGACUCUUCGAUUGAUGAUAGAAUCUCGAGUUACACCGCGUCCCUAUCAUCCAGCGUCAUCGACUACCCGGAAGAAUAUGGCCGUCGCUAUCAUGCAUUCAGACCGGGCUCGUAUUCUUUCCCGAACGACGAGGUCGAGAUGGAGCGCCUCGACAUGGCUCAUGCCAUGAUGGUGAGGGCGAUUGGAAGCAAGCUCUGGCUGGCGCCGCUGGCCAAGGAGAAGGUCCAUCGUAUCCUGGAUAUCGGCACGGGUACUGGAAUCUGGGCUGUUGAGAUUGGUGACAUUUUUGAGAAUGCCGAGGUUAUUGGAAACGAUCUGAGUGCUAUCCAACCAGAGUGGGUACCCCCGAACGUCAAAUUUGAAAUUGACGACGUCGAGAGCGAAUGGGUCGGCGUCAAGAAGUACGACUUCAUCAUGUGCCGAUACAUGGCCGCCUCAAUCCAGGACUGGCCGAAGCUGAUUGCCAACAUUUACGACAAUCUCAACCCAGGAGGCUGGGCCGAGUUCCAAGACAUGAGCACAGAAUACUACUCCGACGACGGCAGCUACAAACCCGAACACGCAACCUACGAAUGGAACCAGACCUUUGUCGAAACCCUCGACAAGAUCGGGCGCGACCCCCGGCCCGGGCCGAAGCUCGAGGGGUGGGUGCGCGGGCACGGCGGGUUCGAGCACGUGGCGCACCACAAGUUCAAGACGCCCAUCGGGCCGUGGGCGCGGCACCAGCAUUUCAAGGACCAGGGUCUGCUGAACCUGGCGCAGAUUCUCGAGGGGCUGGAAGGGUUUUCGUUGAAGUUGCUUUGUGGCGUUUUGGGGAGGAGUAAGGAGGAGGUGUUGGUGCAGCUUGCGGAGGUGAGGAGGGAGUUGAAGACGGGGGUGUUUCAUGCUUUGUUGGAUUUGCAUGUGGUGUAUGGGCAGAAGCCUGCUCUACCGGCUGCUACGGAGGCGACUUAG